AUGAACAAUAUUCCACAACCCAUAAAGACGGUAGUUACAAAACCCCAAGAAAAGUUGUAUGUUUUACGCUUGGAGAAGGACUUAAUUGCAUUUAUAAAAGAGUCGAUACUGUUGAAGCUGGAAUCUCCACUGUUUACGAUUCACGCUGGGGUACUAAAGAAUUCAUAUUAUCGGUUACUAAGUCAUCAGGUAUGUCAGCAUUACCACUUACAGCAUUGGAAUAACGGAUCAAACGAUAUAAUAGUCACAUUGAGUGCUGAUGGAUUUGACUAUGAAAAGUUCAGUGAUAUAUUGGACCUGAAGGAAGAUAAUAGUUUCACAAAGAUAUGUGAUUACCUUCAACAAAAGAAGAACAUUAGCAAUGGGAUUAUUGCCGAAGGUGACGAAGUUAACACUAAGAUGAUUAGGCCAAGAGUGAUCAUUAAGAAAGAAUCUCCAAAAGGUUCGAUGCCUCUGGCUGAUACGCUGUCUGAGAUAACCCAAAUGUCCGUAUUUCUGACGACAAUACAAAAUGGGAGAGCCCAAAACGACUUUUCAGAUACCCCAAAUACAUCUACACCAGUUCUGGCAAGCAGCUUCAAAUCAGGAAGCGAUGAUAUUGAGCACGAGAGGGCUUCGAAGGAAGCAUUAUACAUGAAAGUGAGGGAAAAGAUAUUUCAGGACCAACAAGAUGAAGAAAAUGUUGAAGACGACGACGAUGACGACGAAGAAGAAGAAGAAGAAGAGGAGGAAGAUGAUGAUGAUGACGAUGAUGAUAGCGACGAAGAUAUCGCCAACUGCUCCACGAGUGAUUCCAAAUCUGGAUUUAUGAGCCAAGAUAAUACCCACAAGCAUAAUGGAUACAACGCAUUGGAUCCUAAUUUAUACCAGUACAAUGGAACCUCUCAUGGGGUGUCUCCGGUGCCUAUGGGUAUACCGUUAAACUAUAAUGCAAACAUGAACGUUCCUCCGUUUGUGAACCCAAAUGGAUACUAUAAUUCACCCAAUCAAUCGAUGCACUCACCACAGAUGAAUAUUUAUAACCAGUACGCCAACUAUUUCCCUGCUCCUCUUAUGAUGCCACCUCAAAAUGGUUUCUACUCAAACGCAUACAACGGAAACCACCAUUACACUCCAUACGACAAAGAAACGGAACGAAAACUAUUAAAUAACCCAUACAUUAUCAUACCUGAUUCCAACAGAGAUAAGAAGCCUAAGAAACCCCAUAAGGGAAGAUACACGAAUGGCAAUUCGAAUUCAUCUUCUAGUACUUCCAAUAUUACAUCAAAUAACCCUACAAAGUACUAA